UCUGCUCGGUUUCGACAUGUAGAAGUCGUUGAUAGGCUCUGGUAUCAAGUUAGACGGACCCGGCACCCAGUGGCACUCGAGUACUCAUCAACAAUUGUACAUACACACGGCUGCGAUUGACAUGGUCUCGAACGCUCCCGAGGACUACGACGACGAUACCGAAUCAACAAUGUCUGAUGUGCGGACGGGCAGUCCCGCACCUUCUCUUUACUCCUUCAGCUCAUCGGUAGACGAGAGGUUCAUGCCCCCCCUUCAGCUACGUACCAUGUACGGGCGUAUAUUGAACAGUCAGAAUGAUACAUACUUCCUCCCUGCGGAUCAUGAAGAGCAUAGACGCCUAGACGUUCAGCAUCAUCAAUACACCCUAAUCCUUGGGCGGCUGUAUCCUGCCCCAGAAUUAGUGUGGCGAGCCUUGAGACCGCGCCCCGACCGUCGGCCUACAAUAUUGGACGUCGGUACUGGGAGUGGGAGCUGGGCAGUAGACAUGGCCCGAGAAUUUCCCCAUUGCGACGUGGUUGGCAUUGACCUGGCGCCACCGAGAAUAGACGGUAAACAACCUAGCAACUGCCGGUUCGAAAUUGACGAUGCGAACCUUGGGUUUCUCCAUUACAUCGAUUCCUUCGAUGUCGUACACGCUCGCGCGAUUUCGGCAGGGAUCCGCGAUUUUCCUGGGCUACUUCGUGAGCUAGCGGGAACCCUGCGGCCUGGUGGUGUAUUGCUUCUAGCGGACGGCGAGCAACAGCUGUAUGAUGAAAACCAGAGGCCAAUGGCCUUCACGGAUCCAGAUGCACCUGGUACUUCUUGGCUUCACAAGGUGUUCUUCGCCACCUAUAACGCGAUGAAGAACCGUGGGGGGAACAUCGAUUCGCCGUCCAUGAGUCCGACGUGGCUUCGAGCCAUCGACUGUUUGACGGACGUCUGCUGGCACAAGGAGUUCAUUCCCAUGGGCCCUUGGAGAUACGAUGACGAACGAGAGCGUGUCCUCUCCGAGCUAUGUCGCGAAAAUUGCAUGAGGUAUAUCUCCACCCUGGCCCCUCUGCUUCUGAGCGAAGGAUAUCUUCCGGAGAGUGUAGAUCAGAUGUGUCGAGAAGCUACUGCGGAAUUGAGUGAGCUUCGCACGCAUAUCUAUACUCGCUGGAAUUUUGCCUGGGCCAUGAAGAGACCUCCGAUCGGGUCCGGUGUCAACAACGUAGAACAUUGACUCGGAAGAAGGGAAGCACGCGCGCUAUGGCUGGGGCGUGAUACUGCAUGCAAGCAUGGACUGCUCCGCCGGGCCUUUGAGAUUAUUUAUUCGUGUCGUGUACUGCUCUCGCUGCAUAAUUUAUCUUGUAUAGGCUGUAUCGGGCCACUGACUUGCCGAGGCAAAAAAUCGAAAUGUGCGUAGCUUGCAAUAGGGGACUCCAUGUCACGGUUAUGGGUGUCCCAGUGUCCUGUACAGUAUAAUACUUACAUGGGUCUGUGAUCCGUGAUAUCUCAGCAUCAUGAUUGAGUCUUCAAAAAGC